AUAAAUGCAUGUAAACCAAGUUGCUUAGCUUCAAUGAGUUGGUUUUGAUUUUCACGGCGUUUUUACGAAGAGAUUGGUUUCCCUUGAACAGGAAACCGCACCAAAGCGGUCCUAAUUAAGAGAAAUUUAACGAGAAAUAUUUCCCACAUACUUGGAUUUUAUUGGUCCAUAAAACAGAAUCCUAAUAUAUUGUUUGAAUGAUAUGCGUACCGAGGAGAGAAUACUGACCCUGAAAUAUGCGUACCACUGAGAGAAUACCCCGAAAUCAAAGCAUCGAUAUCACUUUCUCGUACUCUCUUGAGUGACUUAUUUUUCUAAGCAAUUAUAUCCAUCGCAAACCUCAAUAUCAUUUAAGUUGUCAGGUAUAAAAGCAGCUCAACGAAUGUGAUCAGUUUGGGAAUUCACCUCAAAAAGCUUAUAUAAAACUGAGGUUACAUGUCAUUCAUGAUUCSGUGCGUGUUCAAAGAACGAGUUGGUCGAGUAAGAACAUUACAGGUAUAGAAGGGGAUCCAUGAUCUUUGCGAUACCGGUGCAAACGCUUUUGCCACCUGAGCUAUCUAAGACACAGGAAUAAACCUGAACUUCAGCCAAGGGGAUAAGCUUGAGCUAGCUAUCUAAGCCAGAUAGAGAGGAUUACAGACAAAAUGAACACUGYCAACACCACAGGCUACCCGUUUUCAACAACAACAGCAACAGCAAAUAUCACAGGAUUCCCACUACCACAGCGCCCGAUUCCCCAGAUCGACGGUUUCACCGUAUUUUCUUGUAUUGUGUACGCCUUUAUCGCAGCUCUGUCAGUCUUUGGCAACCUUUUGGUUAUAAUCUCAUUCUUCAUUAACGACAAGCUACGAACUGUUACGAACUAUUUCGUCGUUGGUCUUGCUGGGGCAGAUAUGUUGGUUGGCGCUAUAUCAGUACCUCUUUGGAUCAAUACCAUCGUCAGUAUUAUUUCAAGGCCUUCYCCUUCUGCCCAAGCCCUUUUCAAGUUCUUUGACACCUUUUCAGGUGUCUGUUCCAUUCUUCAUCUAAUGGUCAUUAGUAUGGAGAGGUAUUUCUGUGUCGGCUGGGCCAUCAAGCAUCGUAACACCCCUAAAUACGUCUAUUACAUUGUACUGGCGGCAGUCUGGGUCACGUCCGCGUUGGUUGGAUCAAUACGUCUAAUUGCACCUAAGUUCCCCCAGACUGAUUUCGUUCUUUUAAUAUUCGUCGUAUUUUUCUUGUUUCCUUUAGUAGUGAUUGUUGUUAGUUAUGCGGCGAUCUGGAAAAUCGCCACGACAAGAAUGGGCAACAAUCCAACCAAGAGGUCCUUGAAGAGAGAGAUACGAACAGCAAGUACGAUCGCAUUUGUGAUUGGCUUCUUCUUUGUCACGUGGUCUCCGUUUUUCAUCGCACAAACUGUGAUAUUGUAUUGCGGAUUGUCGUGUUAUCCGUCUGCUGAAGUCAUCAAGAUCCUCAAGAUCUUGCAYUAYAGCAACUCCGCUAUCAACCCGGUUGUUUACGGUGUGAGAAUYCCUGAGUUUAGAAAAACCUUCAAGUUUAUUCUAAAGCGGUUUUAUGGACCAAUACUUUCACUUGCAAGGCGAUAGAMUGAUAGUCAGCUAUUUAAGUGAACGCUUGACAAUGAGUCAUAGCCUCAARUGUGGUCAGCUUAACAAUAUUUUACACUGAGUACGUUUGAGAUUUUUUUUCCAUUUGGACCGCUGGCAAACUUGACCGAAAGCACCGAUGGCUCAAGCUCCGGAUUUCAUGACUAAAGCCGUACUCCCGAAGUAAAAUAAUCUUGAUAGUAAACUACAAGCCCUAUGUAUCGAUAAGCGAACCUUAACAUCUCUGUAUAUGGCCCUGGUAUGGUUUAAAAUCAUCGGUAUUUUUGUACAGACUUUUGUUUCUGUGUGAAAUGCAAGAAGCAAGCAAUCUGGGAAUAUUACAACUAUUUCAGAAAUCGUUGUCGCACCAAAAGCCUCAAGCAACAAGCCAAGACCGCAGAGAACGCCGGUACUUUUAGUAGUGUUAUUAGUUUA